AUGAUGACCAUGCUUAAACAACAGUCAUCGAGAGGCAUCAUUCUCCCGAGGGCUCGUCCCAAGACGUUGCUCUUCUUGGCCCUUGCUCUUGUUUCUGUAUAUUUUCUCGCGACUCGCGGUGCUCCCGCUGGUUAUCGUGUUGUCCCUUGGGAUCAAAAUGGCGCCGUCGCUCCCGGCCAGCCCGUGAAGCCCGCCGAGCCGCCCAAGUCGGAGGAAGAGCGCAAGCAGGAGGAGGAGAAGUUGAAGCAGGAGCGGGAAAAAUAUGAGCAAUCUCUUCGAGAUGAAUUCGCCGCAGAGUACGAGGCCGCCAAAAGGCUUCCUGGCAACGAUGCCAUCUACGGCAACACAAUCAAUUCGUUGGCCAACAAGGACAACAGAACCGCCGAGCAUGCUGCCGCUCUCCGCGAGGCCGGCUCCCAGGAGCUGGCGUACACGAACCAGCGACCAGUUUACUACAACCCGUACCCCGACUACAACAGCGAGGAAUGGAACAAGACGCACCGCGCGCCUCAUGUGCCAUGCAUUGGAGCCACCGGCGAGGCUGUCGAGGAUCUCCUUGUCUUCAAGGGUCAACCCAAAAAGUUUCCCGCGACCGGUUUCGGCAGCUUCGACGUUUUGAACAUGGAUGGAAACAUCUGCUACGAGCGCGAGACUCGCCUUGGCCCUUACGGUCUCCUACCCCAGCUUAGCAAGGCCGGCCUCCGUAUUGAUUGGGACAACAUCAACUGGGGCGACUUGCAGGAGAAGUGUAUCGAGAGAAAUGCCGCUCGUUUCGACGAGGGUAAGCCUAACCCCUACAUCAAGACCGCCUAUCCCGAGAUUGCCGAGAAGUACGGUAGUGAAGUCGAAGACGAAGAGUCCAAAAAGCGCGGCUUCACCAGCAAAUCAAAGGAUGCGAAGGCCAAGAAGGCCGACCCUCGCACCGCUGUUCUCUUGAGGUCUUACACCGGUAAGAAGUAUAGCGAAAACGACAAGCAGGUCAUCCGCGCCCUAAUUUCCGAGCUGUCGCUCCGAUCUGGUGGUGAAUUCCAGGUUUUCCUGCUGCUGCACGUGCGCGAGCAAGAGCUUGAUAUCUUGAACGAUGAGGCCACUUACCAGUACGUUCUCAACGAGCAUGUGCCUCUCGAGUUCCACGGCAUUACAAAGUUGUGGAACGAUAAGGCCGUUUGGGAUGUUUACACGGCCCUCACGGACGAAAACGAGCGGAGCGUUCACUCUGCUCAGUGGCUUUCGGUGCAGAAGUUUAGCCAAGACCAUCCCGAAUUCGACUUCAUCUGGAACUGGGAGAUGGACGCCCGAAUUGUUGGCCACCACUACGACUUCCUGAAGCGCCUUGACGAGUUCGCCAAGAAGCAGCCUCGCAGAGGUCUCUGGGAGCGCAACGAGCGCUACUACAUCCCCGAAUACCACGGAGACUAUGACAACGACUUCCGCAACGAUGUCGAGAAGCGCACCCGUGGCAACCAGAUCUGGGGACCUCCCAAGCUGCCCUUCAUCAACCCCGUUGGUCCUAAGCCGCCUGUUGACAACCCCGAGAGGGACUCGUACAAGUGGGGAGUUGGCGAGGAUGCGGAUAUGAUUACCGUCGGUCCCAUUUUCAACCCCAUCAACAGCAGCUGGAUUAUUUCCGAUCAUAUUUGGGGUUACAGAGACGAGGCUCACCCUGACCCCGCCAAAACGCUCCCCCGCCGCACCACGAUUGUCACUCAGUCCCGUGUCUCAAAGCGCCUGUUGGACAUCAUGCACGUCGAGAACCUCCGCGGCAACCACAUCGCCUCCGAGAUGACGCCUCAAACUGUUGCGCUCCUCCACGGCUUUAAGACCGUCUUUGCGCCCCACCCCACCUGGUUCGACCGCCCGUGGAACGGUACCUUCCUCGCCAAGUGGUUCAAUCCCGGACCUCGCGGCGAGAGCGGUGGUGAGGGAAGCCCCAUGGGCUGGGGAAGAGAGCGCAGAUACCAGGGCAUGACUUGGUACUACCGCGCCGAGCCUCCCGCGAGAUUGUACAACAACUGGAUCGGUUACGAGGACACGUCGUACGGAGGCAAAGAAUGGGAGCGAACUCACGGCCGCCCUUGCUUGCCUCCGAUGAUUCUUCACCCCAUCAAGGAGGUGAAGCCGACAGAACCCGGUUUCAAGACUAAGUUUGAGCUGUUCUACGGCUGA